AAAUUUAAUAUAUUAGACUCAAUAUAUUAGGUACAGAUGGAUGAAGUGGAAAGGGGCAGGGUACUUUGUAGAUGAGUACUUUGUAUGUACCUAGUUAACCUAGAUGAUAAGAUAAGCGGGUGACGUUAGGUAGGUACCUAGGUAUAUAGUACUGGUACAUAGUACUUUGUAACUCACCCACUUCGCCCAACAGCUCGAUAGCUUGACCUCUCCAUCAUAACUAACAGUCUAACCUUAGUAAUUUCAUUCAUUCUUCCCGAGUCAAAUUGUAUAAUAAUACUUAACAUAAAACAAUAAAAGAUAAAUUGCCAUGUACAGCUCGACUCCCCCACCCCCCGUACCACCUCCGAAGCCAAGCAGCCACGACGCCAGCCGUCUAGGUACGCCCGCCACCACUAGCUCUCCUCGACCACCGGCCCCGAUCCCGGAUGACACAUUCUUGAGAUCUAUAGAGGGGAGGGGCAAUUCGCCAGCUACUAUGGAUGCCUCAGGUUUGAUCCCAGCCUCGGCAUCUAUGGCCAGAGGGACGGAGCAAGAAGCCAUACCAGAUCCCGGCGACCAGUGGCUGCCGAAGAUCCUUGAGGAUAAAUCGAAACAAGACCUUGCCGGAAUCCUCUCCAAUCCAGCGGCCCUCGACGCUCUCACGCACGCACCUUCGGCAGCACACCCAUCCCUGACGUCAACCCGCGAUGCGCUCCUCGCCGCGCUGGACGAUAACGUGGCCCUCGCAAACCACCUCACGGAGCUCGAGGCGCACCUCUCCCGGCAGCGCGCGCAGGCGCAAGCACAGCUCCUAUCAACGCACUCCCUCGAGCGCCAGUGGCGCCAGAAGCAAGCCGAGAUGGACACGGCGCUCGCGCCGUUCGCGCCCGCAGCUCUGUACGCGAGGCUAGGCCAGAGCCUGGCAGAGCAGGAGGCUGUGUGCCGCGCGCUAGAGGAGAGCUUUCUGGAAGGAGGCGGGGGCGACGGGGCUGGAGGCGAGGAGCUGGCGACGGAGAGGGAGACGCUGGAUUGGGUGAGGCGGUAUCGCGAGGCUAAGAAACUGUUUUACCUCCGCCACGAGCGACGGGAGAGGUGGAAUGAGCACCGCGUUGGAGGCUGGCGAUGAAGGGAAGCUGCGUGUUCGAAUUCUAAGAGACGGGGUUCACGUGCUUUGAUACCACGAGGUCAGUCGAAGCAGCGUCGAGAACGGCCCUUUUGCCAGUUGAGCUACUUGGCCUCCGCGCCCGCGAUACGACUGGCAUGACUAUGGCCUCAUUGACCCUUGAACGACACGCAUGACGACUACGGUCUGGCCGAUAUUAGCCAGGAUGUUUACUGCUGAAUUGGGAUAAUUUACUCCGGCCGUCACAAACAACCCCGGGGAGGGGGCGGUCU